AAAUCUUCACAAGAAAGGAUAACAAAACAAGAUGUCUUACAUGACGAAAUUACCAGUGAGAAAUUUAUACGAGACAGCACUGGCGCAGUUUCGGCAGUAGAUAUAUUCACCAGUGAUAACGACAGCAUAUAUACUUCUGGCGAACAGGAUGUUAUCGACCACCAUACUGUUGAGGUUGAUGAGCAGCAGGUAAGUGUUACAUCUGAUACACCAUUUGCGGGUUCUGAUGAGCAGUUUGACAAUACAUCGACAGCUGACGAUGACGGUUGUGAGAAAGAACAUCGUUCGUAUGCCCAUUCAGAAAAAACCCACCAUGAUCACCGCAAAGAAAAACUCUCAGUCACUCAUCCGCGUAGCCAGGAUAAUCCUACCGAAACUCGAGAGAAAAAGGCAACCGAAAGAAGAAAGUUGCGCAAAAAAAUAAAAUCACUAUAUAAGGAAGGCAAAUCAUGGUUGGAAAUUAAACAGUACACCAAAGGACUUGCUGUCUUUGGGAAACUUUUGCAAAGCUCACAUGACCUUUCCACGAACGAGUACAUCUCAAUGACCAUCACUCAAAUUUGCACAAACCUAGAUGACGCUGGUGAUUCAGACAUUCCCGCAGACCUGAUACAAGUUUCCGAUAGCCACCUGAACCAGAUUUUGAAAGGUCUACUGGACAGGAGAAAAUGGUUCCCUUUUUUCAAUAUAGUCCGUAGCCACCGUGAAUGCAAUGCCUCCAAAGAAACGUGUAUGGAUCUCGUAGGCGAAAUAUGUUUGGAGACUGUUGUGGGAGAUCCACAGUUUCUAAGAAAAACUGAAAGAUUGGAAAAUUUGAUGACGGGAUUAUUGGAUAUAGGAGCAACUAUACCGAAUGAGGGACAAAAUUGUAUCCACGCAUGCAUAACAAAUGCCCACUAUAGGAUCCUCCCCUUACUACUGUCGAGGGGCGCUCGUCCAAGACACCUGACCAUAUACAGCGGUGACACGCCUGUACAUGCUGCAUUAACGAUCGCGCUUCAAAAAGGACAUUUCGAGGCUUUUGAAUUCCUGUUAACGAAGUUCCGAGAAGAUCCACAAGUAUACUAUCUUUGUGAUCCCGUAUCACAAGACAAAAAUGGAGACGGGCUGCUACAUCUAGCCCUUCGCCAGCCAGACGGUAGUCAAUCCAGGAAAGCUAUUGACUUAUUGAUCCAGCAUAUCCAAAAGCCUUCGGCGAUCCUUUCAAAGAAUAAGAAAGGACAGCAUCCCUCAGAUUUGAUUAGGAAAAAACAAGAGCAAAGAUGGCGAAUACUGGAACCCUUUUUCUGUCGUAUCCCCGCUCAACCAAAGCGGCUAAAGGGGAAGAAGAAAUCACCACAAGCUGCACACAGGCGGGUAGGCAAACCUUCUUCUGAUUUAAAACUUGCUGUGGAGAAACCAGUGGGCUCAGAUACCGAUGUUCUAGUUACGACACGAGUAUUUUCUUCCAUUGAAACGACAAAUGAUUCUGACUCAGAGCUCUCCAUCGAUAACAAGAAGAUCCCCGUUGGUGCGUUUCCUAAAAGCACAGACAAACUGACAGAAGAAAUUAAGGAAGGGGAGAAGGUGAAAGAUGUGCCACAAGGCGAAGAGGAUAAGGAAGAGGACGUGCCUCAAGAAGAGGAGGAGAAGGAAGAGGACAUGUCACAAGAAGAGGAGGAGAAGGAAGAGGACAUGUCACAAGAAGAGGAGGAGAAGGAAGAGGACAUGUCACAAGAAAAAGUGGAAAGAGAUGAAUGCGUGCGACAAGAAGAAGAGGAGAAGGAAGGGGAUGUAUCACAAGAGAUGGAACUAGAGGGAAAUAUGCAACAAAAGACAAAGGCAAAUGAGGAUGAGUUGCCAGGAAAAGAGACAGAAAUGCAGGAAAAAUACGAAGGGGAGAAGGAAAAGGGAGUGAUGAUAACAUAUACAAAAGAAAAGCUGCUGGAUACUGAAUGUAAAGCAAAGAUUGAGAACUAUAAGGUUAAGGGAAAAUAUGACAAAGAGGAUGUACAGGAUGUUCGCAAAGAUGAACGGAAACAAGCAGAGUUCCAAGUCGUUCGUCCUGAGCCGGCUAGAUAUACCGCCUGUGCCAGAUGUUACAAGACUAUGCAUGAGGCCAAAGAGCACCUACGGUUUCAACGUACUGGAAAGGCGUACACAAGUCUAGCAAAGGUCAUUCGAAAGAGACACAAACACAGCAACGGGAACGAACAUCGAGGACUGGUUGAUGAGGCUCUGACAUUGGUUACAAAUAGUCUCAGCACGACCUUAAACCCUGAAAUACCAGAAGGUUUGGCAAGGAUUCGUGUGGUUUUCUAUCAGAUGAUUAUAAAUAACUUGGCCAAGGACGAAAAAUGGAGGCAGGUUGACAUCAUGGUUCGAGAGAAUCGGAAACAUCAUGGUAAUCUGUCUUUGAGGGAUUUUGCAAAGAACAUAAACAUUGCCCGAGUGAUACGUCACCCGUCCUUCGUCAAGCAAGACGACCUCCUAGCACAGCUUAUUGACAACAUGUUGGACAGCGGAGCAAUAAUGGAAAAUGAUGGGAAGACGGAUAUCCUUGCUGCUAUCCAGAUGAAUCAUUUUAAGUUGCUAUGUACGCUGUUCAAAAGGGGAGGUAGCCCAGUAUUCUUAUCUCUACAGCCGGGGGACACGCCCCUUCAUGCUGCCUUGGCAAUAGCCUUGGAAAGAGACAAAGGGAACUUCAAUAUCUUCAAGAUUCUUGUGGAUAAGUUUCUAAGUGACCCAGAGACGUUUGCAUAUCUGGACCCUAACCAGCAAGAUGUCAAUGGUGACUGCCUAUUCCACCUCGUGGCCAAGAUGAAAUAUAACAGCACCACACAAAAAGCCACUGAAGUGCUAUGUGCCAUGAACAUAUCUGCACUGGUUUACAAUAAUGAAGGAAAGCUGCCAAAAUACUAUUUAGUCAACAAAAAGAAUGACCGAAGGCUCCAGUACCUCCGACAGGCUGAAAAGACAGAAACCAACCCGGCAGCUAUGAAGCAAAUGAAGUUGAGGCUGAAGGAUAUGUCAGAGGAGGAUGUGCUUGAGGAAGAACAGGAUCAGUUACUGAACAGUGAGGCAGAUGAAACGCAGUGUUGUUCUGUACUAGCAAAAGUCCCACGGAAAGACAAACAAUUGAUUUUUCCUAAGACACCAACCCACCGUGAGGCAGCCAAGAAAAAGAUUGAGGAAAUGAUCUUCAAUCUGCCAGACACUCCUUACUCUAUAUACAACCCCAAGGUUCCCAGAAUGGAGGAAGGUUGGAGGUCACGAAGAAGGUCAGGUGGAGGUCAGAAGGGAGCCAGAUCGCCAGACAAGAAAGAUGUUCUUAAGAAGGUGAAACUUGACGGAACAGCUCAUCGAGCUGAUGCAGUUGCUGCGGCUGCCCCUCAGCUGGAAGAGCAGCAGGUUGGGAUGAAGACCAACAGGGAGCUAGAAGCAGAAGAUGAGGAUGAGAAAAAACACAACGACGAGGUAGAUGUUCAGGCUUUUGACAAUCUGGAAUGGGAAGUGGAAUGUACGGCUGAUGUCUUGACAACUCUCUGUGACAACGAUGUCCUUCCUGAACUGAAACGGCGCAUUGUUCGUAAAAUCCAGCACCUGGCCAGUGGGGAAAGGGGAAAAUCCCUUUGUAAACCUGUAACUGCCAGCAAAAUGCCCCAAACCCUACGACUGUUUGAGGCAAAACUGUCCAAGGAGUGUAGGAUAUUAUGGGAACUAGCCAUUGCAUUUUCGCCACGGUUGAGUGAAUCUGCCGAAGGUGAAGAUCUUGCCGUGAGAGGAGGGAGGAUCUACUCAGAGGUGAUCAGAGUUUGGAACAUAGUGUUUGAUCACGAUCACAUUGACAGGUGUGUAAAAAGUAUCAUCAAGUCGCACAACCGCGGUGAAGAGUGCACCAUACAAAAAAAGCUCAAGGGAAUGAAAAAGACUCAGUUUCAGGAAGGAGCAGGGAGACGCUAUCCAAUAAGAUACGAGGAAGCUGAUGUUGGAUUGCAGGACCAGGAGCUGAAGGAGUACCAGCAGAAAUUAGAAAUGCUCUAUCCACUGGCCAGUAGUAAUGACACUGAAUACCACAUCCUCAAGUUUUACUCUGUUUCCUCCAAUUUAGUCUACCAUGUUUUACAGAAUGUAGAGACAAAGGUGGACUUUCCAUUCCGAGUGACUGACAUGGAGCAUGCCAUCAUUAACCUAAAGUCACAGUCCCCAAUCCUACUACAAGGCCGGAGUGGGACAGGCAAGACAAUCUGCUGCCUAUACCGACUGUGGACCCAGUUCCAAUCCUACUGGUCCAAAGCAAUUCAGGCUGAAACUAAACUUCUUCCCAGAUAUUUAGUAUACAGGAGGCCAGAGGAGGAAGGAGAUGAAGAGGACGAAGAUGAAGAAGAGGAGGAUGGCCCGUCAGAUAAACUCCUCGGAGCGACAGUCGGGGCAGAUGGCAAAGUAGUACAGGAAAAUAUAGAAAAACAAGAAGAAGAACAGAUCUACGACCAUCUUCAUCAGAUUUUUAUCACAAAGAAUGCUGUGUUGUGUAACGAGGUACAAAAGAACUUUCGUGGGAUGAACCAUGCCUGUGCCAUAACAAAGAAUCAAGUGGAGACCGAGGACCAGGUGUUGCCUCCACGUCUACAGGACAUUGAUGAUUAUCACUUCCCACUCUUCAUGACCUCCAAACAGCUGUUGCUGAUGCUGGACGCAUCUCUAGGACAUCCCUAUUUUUUCGAGCGAGGAGAGGAUGGUGGACUGAAGGUUGAUGUUCAGGGCUGGACCGAUGGUGAGGGCAUGCUCAGCAUCCUUCCUCUCUUGGCAGAGGAAUCUGAUGACGAGGACGAUGAUAAUGGACAGUUUGAUGAUUUUGAGGAUGAUGAUGACAGACAACAAGCUGCUAAAGUGAAAGUUGAUCCUCGUAGAGAGGUUACUUACGAUGUCUUCUGUGAGGAAAUCUGGCCAAAGAUCUGCAAGAAAAAUAGUGGCAAAUACCACCCUUCGCUGGUAUGGACAGAAAUUAUGUCCUUUAUCAAGGGGUCAUUUGAAGCCCUGUCAAAACCCUCUGGAAUUUUAGAGAAGGAAGAGUACUUCGAACUUGGGAAGAAGCGAGCUCCAAACUUUUCUGGUAGACGUACAGACAUAUACGAUCUUUUCAAGAAAUAUGAGCAUUUCAAGAAGCAGAAAUUCCUGUUUGAUGAGACAGAUUUGGUACGGUCAAUAUACAACCGCCUUCAACAGGAGACAGAUAUCUCUUGGGCAAUCCAUCAGGUAUUCGUAGAUGAAACCCAGGACUUCACACAAGCAGAGCUCUGUCUUCUCGUCCGAAUCUGUCAAUAUCCAAACCAGAUGUUCCUCACUGGUGACACAGCUCAGAGCAUCAUGCGUGGGAUAGCUUUUCGCUUCAAUGACCUCAAGUCCAUCUUCUACUACGCUAAAAAGUCCUUACAGGUCCACGGCAAGGUAUCAAAUAUUGAAGUCCCAAAGCGAGUGCACCAGCUAACUCAUAAUUAUAGGUCUCAUGCGGGCAUUCUGUGUCUUGCCUCCAGUAUCCUUGACCUAAUGGUCCGUUUCUUCCCAGAAUCUUUUGACCGUCUAGAGAAGGAUAAGGGUCUAUUCAACGGACCGCCACCAGUAUUGUUAGAGUCAUGUAGCUUUAGUGACCUUGCCGUUCUGAUGCGUGGCAGUCGACGCAAAACGUCACACAUUGAAUGUGGAGCACAUCAAGCAAUACUAGUUGUUGAUGAAGCAGCAAGGGAUAGUAUCCCUGAGGAGUUGCAGCUAGGACUUAUUCUGACCAUCUAUGAGGCCAAAGGACUUGAGUUUGAUGACAUUCUGCUCUACAACUUUUUUAAGGACUCAAAGGCAAACAAGGAAUGGAGGGUUGUCACAGAGUAUUUGGAAGAGCUGUCCAUGGCAACUAAAGGAGCAAAAGUAGAGAACUCUCCAUCACAAAAGGAAAGUCUUGUACAGAUUGACGCUGAUAUACUGCAGCAGGCCAACCGACCUAGGGCCCUGACGUUCGAUGACAGUCUACACAAAGUGCUGAACUCUGAUCUUAAACACCUGUACACAGCGGUGACUCGUGCUCGCGUCAAUGUGUGGAUCUUUGACGAAGAUCAGGACAAGCGGGCGCCCAUGUUUGAAUAUUUCAAGGCUCGCAAGCUGGUUAAGAUACUUCACAGAUUAGAUGUAGAUGAAGAGAGUACAGAGACCAUUGGUGACAUGUUUGCGGAGGAAUCCAGUUUAGAAGACUGGAUUAAACGAGGUGAAGACUUCAUGAAGCAUGCUUUGUACGAUGUUGCGGCGAAGUGCUUCAUUCGGGGAAGAGAUCAUAAGCUACAAAGAGUGGCUCUGGCUCAUCAGCAAGCAUUAAAGGCCUCCCGCACAAAGGACAGUCACCAGCGCAUGCGAGAUGAGUUUCUGUUUGCUGCGAAGAGGUUCCUAGACUGUUCUCUACCCUCACAGGCAGCUAAGUGUUUACAAAACGCUCGGGAAAGGGAGCUGGGUGCCCACCUAUUCGAGAAGAUUGGACUUCUUGAGAAAGCUGGGGAAAUCUACAGGAAGAUAAAACGGCCAAUUGAAGGCAGUCGCUGUUAUGAACAACUUGGACAUUUCAACCUGGCGAUCGACACUCUGUGUGAGAACGAGUACUAUGAUAUGGCUAUAGACACGCUCUGGAGAUACAACAAACUGCUAGAGGAUCUGCAGUCUAAAGGUGAAGCUGUACCUGUUGUGUUAUUGGACCAUGCACCAGAUACACUGCGUACACGAGAACGUCUUAGUCACAUGGCUGCUGAGUUGCAUUACCGAAACAAUAACGAGGUACGAAUGUUGGUGAACCUGGAGCGCCUGGAACACCUUAGUGACCGUAUAACCUUCCUCAAAAACAAGGGCUACUUUGACCAGGCUGCCACACUUCUCCAAAAAGAAGGAAACCAUAUAGAGGCCAUUGAUCUUUACCUUAUCCAUGGGAAGAAUGAGGAGGCUGUAGAAACUGCAAGACGGUCCACAAACAAAGAUCUGAUAGGGCAAUGUCUGCUUAUGAAUGCUCAGGUGAUAAUAAGGAAGAAACCAGAAAAUAAACUUUCAGAUGAACAAAUGAAAGCUAAGAAAGAGGAGGUUCUCCAGAUACUUCAAGAAGCCAUCGAUAUCCUACUUCAAACUUCAAAUCAAGAACUUCGGGGCGAAGCCUGCGUCCUAAAAGGGGAGAUAACAAAUGAAAUCACAGAUAUCAAUGAAUCUUGGGGAGCAUUCAACAAAUGUAACCCCAGGUGUGAAGCAGGACAAUUAGAGUGUAUGGACUGGAUGGUCCGUAACUCUGAUCUCCACAACUUCCAGAACCUGUUACAAGUAGUAAAAGGUAUGGACAAUCUGUUUGGAGUUCUAAGUCUUCUGGUGUCCUCCGAUAAAUCUGGCAGUGAGAGGGUAUACAAGUACUAUGGAUUGAGGCCGGCCUCUGAUGGAUUUCUGAAAAUGCUUCCGCAGCAACGACCGCGUGCCUUGAAUAUCAUGAAACGUUGCCUGACCAAAGAAGAAAGGAAACAGACUGAAUGUGAAGUUGCGAGAAAUAUAGCACGGGAUGAAAUUUGUCGUUUCCUGUUGCAUCGUGGUAAAACUUGGUAUGGUAAAGUAACACAAGCUCUUGAAAAGCUCAAGAUACAAAGCGAGCAGUGCCAAGAAUAUGUUCUAGGUCUGACCUGUACCAAGGCUGCAGAUGGAGGCAAAUGUUCCGCCAGACACGACAUCAUGACAGAGGAGGACCUGAAAAUCUUGCUUAAUAUUGAUCUGCUUCACUUGAAGAUGGACUGGUAUGUUCAAAAAGGCUGUGGUCGCCUGAGUAAGGACAACAUGUUUAACCUCACUGACCUGGAGAAUGACUUUCUUCCAGACACCACACAUGACCCCAUUGCUCGCUUUAAAUCCUGCGAGGUUUUGCUUCACCACCUGAUGCCAAGUGAACACUUCCCUUUCAGAAUGACAGAAAAGGGACGAGCGCAAGCCAAUAGAUUCCGGGAUCAUAUCUGCAAAGAAUACAUUCGAAAUGUAGGGCGGUCGAAAGAGCGUAAAUAUCUAAAAGUGCAAAUGGUUCGCUACUUACAAGCCAAGUUCAACUACAUGAAAACCAAGGGAACGAAAACCAACGCUGAUGUAUUCAUAAAGCUUUUCUUCCUUGCGAAUUAUCUUCAUUUAACAGACCUUGAUACGAGCAAUCUGAUGAUGGAAUUGGAGAUGAAGAUUCGGAAUGAGCACCUCAGGAAAAACAAAACCCAAAUCAGGGAAAAAUUAGAACCGUUCGGAUUUCUUGUUGAUGAUAGAGAUAUGCGAAAUAUUUCUGUCCAAUGCGUAGCGAGACGAUUCCAUGAUGCUUACUACCAACUCACUCUCCCUGGUGACCCGCUGGAGGCUUUCAUCAAGUUCACCAAGUUCAUCGAGACUCUGGGGCAUUGUAACAAGUCUGAAAUACUUCCUGAGUUUUCCGAUUUUCUUAUGUGGAUUGAAUACUUCACGACAAUUGCAGUCUGCUUCGGAGCAAAGAAUAAUCAAGUUACAAAUGCCUUUUUCCUACCAGCGUCCUACCUCAGCCUUGUUUAUUUCAUCGACUCUAGCUUUAAGAACAACGGACAGCCGACCUUCGAGCUCAUACAGCGACACAAAAACCGUAGAGGACACGAUCUAACUCCCAGUCAAACUCAAACAGAAAAGAUCAUUGGGGUACUGUGUGGGUCAGACAUCCGAAUGAAUCUGGUUCGGCUUUUUUUUAAGGCGCCUUAUGACCGUGCUGAGGACUACGGCCUAGCUGAGAGGUUGUUGGUCUUGUGCAUGACUGUCCUGUGUAACAUGGGCAAGGCUUUGUUUGCCACCAAGGAAGCUGACCUGAUGCAGCAGCUGUGUCGUAUUGCUCUCCCGGAAGAUUGUCCCAAACGCCUGCUAAAGGCUGUGCGUGCCGUGCAGGAGGCAGAUGGCCUAUCAGACAUCGCAGUAGCGCUGAAAGAACUUCUUCACGACCGAGAUAAGGAGCAUGUGUGUCUUUGUCUGUGGUCAACCUAUGGCCGAUAUGGAGUCAAAGCAACUCGUCUUGACAAACUGGAUUUACUUCCAUCGACGUUUUUUGAUCAAAAUACGAAGAAAAUGAUGACAAAUCCAGGGGAAGAAAGUACGACAAAAGAGGACACAGAUGAAAUUGCUAGAUCUUUAGUCGACUUGGACACGGAUAUGACCAUGGAGGAGAAAUUAAAGUGGGAGAAUGAACAGAAGACAUAUGAAGAGAACCAACGGAAGGAGAGUGCAGCCAUGAUCAUUACCGGGUUCUUUAAACACAUUCGCUUUCGAUUGCAAUGCUCUAUCCUUCAUUGUCUUGUAGAGGAAGAACUACAGAAAGAGCAGACUGAAAGACAUCUGAAGAGGUUCGAACAAUUUGGCAUAGAUGACCAGGCCUGUACAAUCUGUGAUGUCAUAUUUGACAAACUAUCUGAAAACCUGAUACAGGAUCAGAGCGUUGGAGCCAAUUCCGCCGGUCCAACCCCUAGUUCCGGCAGGAACCAAACCAAUCAUUCUUCUGCUUUAGUCAGUAUAAGCGGUCAUGACACCAAUGUGGAGGACCCGUCUGAAGUUUUUAAGACAUCAACAGAUCUUACUGGAUCUCUGGAUGAAGCAGGUGACAACCAACUUUUAGAGGAAAGUGAAGAGUGUCGGAGAGCAAAACAGAAGUUAAUACAUGAGCAAAGCCUUUCGCACAUUCGAAAUAUGGAAGACUUCAAACAACUCAAGCAGGCUUACAAAACUAAGAUAGCGGCGAGACAGGAAGAGAUUGUAGAAUUUAUCAGGAAACACAAUCUCAAAUCAGAAAAAGGACUUCAGAACUAUGCAGACAUGAAAUUAGAUUUGACCAGGCUAGUCAACCAAUCAGACAUAGCCAAGAAAGAAUUUGAAACGAUCCUUGCUAAGAGAGAUUGGAGGAAUACAAAUAUGUUGAUGCAGUAUUUCGACGAAGCUGAAGGGUACUUCCACGAUGUCAAAAUUUACGUUGAGGAGCGGUGGAAAAGAAUACAUGAGACCAAAGAUGGAACAGCUGAGAGCUCAAAAGACCAGUUAGAAGAUGUUGUCCAGGAACCCGUUCGCCAUAGGGAAAAGACAGGAAAGGGGAAGGGCAGAGGGAGGGGUAGAGCAAAACAUAAACAGUAAGGGGUCACAAGUAGCGGAUCAGCGAUGGAUGGACAGUAAGGGCAGAGUAGAAUAAAACAUAAGGUCUAAAUGGAAAGACAUAAACAGGGGGGAAUAGAAUAGGCGGGGCUUAAACAGGUAAACAGUUUUGGUCGGGUAGAUAGAACUUAAGGGACAUUUAUAUGAUUAAAGGUACUAGGCUCGAAUAGACUACAGAAAAAGAGUUGAGGAAAGUAUGAAAACGAAAUAUGGUUAAAGAAGUUAUGAAGCUCUCUGAAUUUUUUUUGCCAGAAUCAUUUCUAUUUUUGUUGAAAUGGAUUUUCGCAAAUGCAACUGUUCGAAAAUAUAUAAUAUAGACUGAUAUGGAACAUUAAAAAAUAUGAGAAAAUAAUUGUUUGUGUACUACUUCACGACCCUUUUAUGUUAUGUUUCCCAUCGUGAAGAAUACCCUGCAUUAUCAAAUUAGGUGAUUAUGUUGUACAGGGAUAAGAUAAUUUAUAAGAAAUUGAAAUCCAAAGUCAAAUGCUGUUCUAUACAUGUAUUCGUUAAGCGCCAUAUAUCGUGACAUUUACAGUUUUAAGAAUAUUUUAAUGAUUGUUUGUAUAUUGCUUUUUAUCUGCUGUAGAUACAGAUUUUGUUUGUUAAAAUGUUGAAUCCUUAUGUAAUAAACAUAUUCAGGUAGAAUAAUUUUGAUCGUUUUUAUCGAAUUGUAAAAAAACCCAGAAUGCAGGCUUUUUAUCACGAACCCUAAUAUACCACGCACCUGUAUGUAAUCCCAAUUAGAUAAAACCAUGAAAUUUCAGAUAAGAGAAAAUUUGACUUUUAACAAAUGUGCGAAUUUUGCAUCAUACGUAUAUAACAUGAUACAAAGUUUUUUUCUAGUAUAUAUUUUAUUCUCCUUUCCGUUUAUAAUGUGGAUAUUCUAUUGAGUAGGUUGAUCUGUUGAUGCUAUAACAUUAUCAUACCUACUGGUUUCUCAAAUUAUAUUUAUGUAAUUAGUCUGUGAAAUCAUGUUUAUAUGUUUCAAAAACUUUCCAUAGUCAAGACAUUCGUGUAUAUAUUUUUAUUGUGGUUUCCUCCUUUGAAUAAAUGUGAAAUAUGACAAUAUGUAUUUUUCUCUAUGUCACUGAAAGUGCUAUAUUUGAGGAAUAUACUAUAAUUUUAAACAUUGCAUGACUGCUGAUGCUAAUUGUUCAUUUAGUUCAUGUAGCUCUCAGAAUAUCUUUUUUAUAUUCCCCAUCCCAUGCUUCUAAUCAAGAAUUCAUUUUAGAGUUAAAAAAACCCUAUUGGUAAUGUGGCACGGAGUGAUAGAUUUGGAGACAAUGUUUCAGAAAUGGCAUUGUCCAACGAAUAUAGACAACGAUGUAUGGAACCGUUGAAUGAAUGUAAAUUAUACCCAACACCUAUAGACUUUCUACUGAUCCUGUCUCACAAUCAAAUCUGAAAUAGUCUCUAAGAUAACCAUUAGUAUCAUUAAUUGAUAAAUAUACCAUGUUAUUUACUCUGCUGUAAUUGAACUAUUGUUGUUGUGUCAAAAGUUGUUUGAAAAAAUUGACAUUCCUCCUUUUUAUGUUUUUUGGUAAAAAUGUUCAAUGGCUCUCUUGAAGCCUUUUGUAAUAUAUUUAUUGUUAAAAGGUAUCAUUUUAUUAAUGUUUUUUGUUCCUGCUUUUAUUCAAUUUCUUGACAUUUCUCAGCGGAUGAGAAUGUUGAUUUUAUUUUAUGUUUUCGGAAUGUAUUGCAUAUUUUAAGGUGUGAUGUCAAACUUUGCUAAACUUUGAUUAAAGAAAAUUUGUCCCAGUCGAUGUACCAUAUUUUAUGUUUAUCCUAUACGUUUUGGAGCAGAAAUGAGGAUAUUUACAUUGGGCUCUGUCUAUCUGUCGCGCUCUAGUUUCCGUUAAUAAAUGCCUUAAUUUUGAUUAACAUAGUGAUAUCAGAACAAAUCCCACACAAUGUUACUUCGGGACUAUUGUUUUUCUAUAUAGUUAUAUCAGUAGUAAUCCCGCACAUUUGAACCGAAACCAGUAUUUUUACCAAAUGUGGAUGUCACAAAAGUUCCCCUCACAAAUCACUCUCAUUAAUAAAUAUUAUUGUCCCACGUAUUGAUAUUGGAACUAUAACCCCACAGAUUAAAUAUAAACUAUGACAAUCCAAUAUAUACUAGAAUGAUAUCCCCAGAAUGAAAAAGAAUAUCAUAAUCUCCACAUUUUCGCAAUAUUGUUAUACAUUUGUGAUAAUGAUCAGUGCAUAAUUGUGAUCCUCAAUUUGAAGCAAGUAUUUAUAUUUGUGUUGAGGUUUAUAUUUCUAGUCAUCAUCAGAUGGUUUAUAAUUCAGCAGAAAUAACUCAGAUUCUUUUUUGUGAUAGUUUUUUUUAUUUGUGCAUCGAUUUUGUUAUCACAUUCUCGUUUUUUAAUGACAUUUAUUUUAUUAAGUGGUUAUGAUAAGUUUUUUUUAAAAAUAUUGUUAUAUAAGUAAGCGGAGAAUGGAAUAGCUCGGAUGGUUUGAUGUCAUUUUACUAUAUUGCUUGACAUGUUGGUUCUGUGGUUUCAAAGCAAUGUAUAUGAUGUAAGGAAAAUGGUAAACUUCUCUCUUGCCUCUGAUCAACCAGGAACCGUCGGCACUUUCCGUACACGAGUAUUUUCUCGUUUACGGAAAUUGCUGACGGUUCCCGAUUGGGAUAUGAUUACUGCAAAAAAUGGAAAUUUUCACGGUGUGGAAUUGCUCGCGUUUAUUAAAUAAGUGCGGAAAUAUCCAUAUAUAUAUUCAUAGAUUAAAUAUAUUAUUGAUUAUAUGUAGAUUUGAAAUAUACUUCCAACGCGAACAUUUUAAAACAAUAAUCAGUUUCAAGAAUCACAAUGCGAGCAUUUCCACAUGCGCAAAGGUAUGCUUUAAUUGUAUUUGUUGAUGUGAGGGAAUGUUCCUGUAGCUUGGACUUGGUCUUUGGAAAUCUUAUCAUUAUUUUAUACAAAAGUGUAUUCUGUUAUGUUAAAUUACAUAUUUACCAUGUUAUAUCAUUUGCCUACUGAAAGGCUUUUUCAUUUUUCUUUAUUCCUUUUUCAUCACAUGACACUCAUGUCACACAUGUAUAUAAUGUGAGAUUUAUAUAUAAUUAUUAAAUUAAAUUCAUCUUUUAGAAUAAAUUCAUAUAUAUAUUUGCUUUCGAAAUUCCUUAUAAUGGUCAGAUAUUUAUGCACUAUUGCUAUAAUUGACACUUUAUACUAAUUUCAAAUUGUGGUGUAAUGGAGAUCAUCAGUGCAUCUUUGUUUUCUUUAAAAAGACGAACUACGCUGUGGUUGUUAACAGUUGAUACCUGUACAGUAUAUAGCAGAUCUUAUAAAGGCCUUUGCCAAAGUUAUUGACAACGUCUGGACUGCUUGAUAUUAAGUUUGUUUUGUUAUAUUAUUGAACUAUCCAUUUUAGGAACAUAAACGGAAGUAUCGUUCUUUAACUGGAAUAUAAUCUGUGAUAUUUGAUUUCAUUGAUAUGCUUAUAUAAUAUGUUAUAAUGUUAUUAGUAAUAAUUUUACCAUAAAAGCACCUGUUAUGUAAAUUAGUUAUUAUCUUGUUAAUUAAAGCAUCGCAAUCGGUUUUGUUUGUUUUGAUUUUUUUUACCCUUGAAAUUUUCCUAUUCAUAAAUGAUAUAUAAAUAGAAGGAAGUCCGGGGAAAUCCGUAAAAAUUUGUUUACCGAUAUAAUGUUUAAAGAUGUGACGUUCCGCGAAAUGAGGGAUAGGGGUGGUAAACCGUAUUGUUGUGUCAAUACUACAUCCUCCUGUCGUCUCAAUAGGAAAAUGAGCUUAAAUCUUUAAAAAGACUUUCCUUCAGAGCGAUUAAUGAAUGUUGUCCAAAGUAGGAUCACAUAAGCCAAGGGAAAAUUACAUUCAUAAAAACGGAGAGAGUCGCUUCGAAGUGACGAUUGAAGAAGCAGGCGCCUAUAAAAAAAGAGAAUUUACUUUUUAAGACUCCUCUUGUUCAGUAUGAAUAAAGGAAAGUUAGUCAAAUAAGAUCUGGAACAUUCUUGGAAUAAGGGUGCUAUAUGUUAUAUAAAUGGAAAGCGUGACCAUGUUGGACAUAAAACAGGUGCUGACAACUAGUAAUUAUCAAAAUCGUUCCUGUUGUUAAAAAACUAGACAAUAUUUUAUGUAAACAUUCUGGCAAAAAUCUCCGUUAGUCAUGGAAAAUGGAAAAAAAAUCCUGGCAAUCUUGUAAUACAACAGGAGGUCAUGAAUGCGAGGAAUUUGAUACAAAUCUAAGAGGUGACUCUUUAUUUCAGCAUGUAGAUAGGAGUACAAGAUCGAUAAUCUGAAGGAACCCUUAUACUCUAUAUUUUACAAUAGGAACAGGAGUUGGUAAAAGAUACUGAAUAUAAUAACCUCCUGGAUAUAGUGUAGCUUGGUUCAGCUUAGUAUGCAACGGGAGUUAGACUAGUAACUAUUAUGAUUCUAAACACAUGUAUUAACGAUUUUUUGGUUUGUACGUUUUUGACGUCCUAUUAACAGCUAUGGUCAUUUAACGACGUGGCAGGUAUUGGUGGUGGAGGGAAAACGUAGUUCCCGGAAAAAAAGCACCGACCUUCGGCCAGUACCUAGCGACUGCCCCACGUAGACCUCGAACCUCGCGACCCACUGGAGAGGGCUAGUGGUAGCGGAAUGUCAAACGCCUUAACCACUUGGCCACCGCGGCCCUCAAAAAUCGAAGCGAAAGUUGAAAAAAACGUAUAGCUGAUCCAUUUCCUUAGUCAGAAAUAUCGGGACCCGUUACCACGGUUAUAAAUCCGAAAAAAGGAAUUGUCUUGGUAGACUUUAUACCAAAACAAAACAAAGAGUGUACCUAUAACUGAACCGAGAUAUCUGAAACGGGGAAAUUCAGGGAAGUGUGAUGGCAGAGGAAGGUUUGGGGGAGAGGAAUAAUCAUAACUGGAUUCAAAUUAGUCAUAGUAUUCUGACAUGGUAUAUCUUAGAUUGUUAAAGGAAAUAGCCAAGAUUAUACGUAAUCCCAUGGCCAAUGAUAGUCAACACCUCUUUACAAGAAGGAAAUGAUUCUCCAUCAAUCAUGAAAAAUUGCAAAUAUUAAUGACCGCUCUAUUCAACUAAAGCGAUCAGAAUUGGGAAAUUAUGGCCAAUAAUUGAUUAGAACAAGUAUGGCUUGUAACACUAUUGAAAGUACCCCAAUAAGUUAAUUGAAGAAAACACGUUAUUUAGUAGGACGAUUUGGCUUACAUCUUCGUUAUACACUGCUUUAGAUGCCUAAAAUCAUUGAUGAAUGAACUGGAUAUAGCAUACAUGGGCAUAAGGAUCCCUGUCCAACUGCACUGUAUAUAAAGUAGUUUCCACUAAAUUUCAUUUUGGAAAAAUAAUGUAGCGCAGUUAGGGUUAGGGUUAGGGUAAGGGUUAGGGUAAUACUCUUCCAUUGACCAGGUUGCUCAGUCGGAUAGAGCUAGUACACUGUAUAACAAUCUGAAGUCCAUGGUACAAAUCCGGUCUAACAUCUCUGAAUUAAUUUUCGCUCAGAAGACUGUAGUCGUUUACGGUUAGUUUAUUUCAUCUUUAUAUAUUUUUUUUCAUGAAAAUUCUGCAAGGUAUGUUUUCCAUUUUAGAAAUAGUUUAUCAAAGCUAUCGUCAUGAUUGACAAAUCAAUUUCCGGUGAGUAAUAACAUAACUGGGCUAUGGUACGGGGAUCCUUAAAGGGAGGCAUUCGAUAAAGUUCCACACAGAAGAUCUUUAAAUGUAAGUGUAUUCCGCAGCUAUGAAUUUAGUACGCAAAAACUCUGUUGAAUAGACUCCGAAUACAGAGAAUAAUUGUUAUCGUGGAGUCGUUAAGGAAAACGUGAUAUAGGUUAAAACCUUUCGUUUCAUCGAUCUACCAGAGUGCUGCACCCCUUCGAGAAGGCCGCGGUGGUCGAGUGGUUAAGAUACCUGACCUAUAUAAUCACUAACCAUCAACCACUAGGUAGCGGGUUCGAGGCAAGGUUCUUACGCAGGGCAUCGGGUUUUUCCUCGGGUACUCCAGUUUUCCGCCAGCAUCAAAACCUGGCACGUUCAAAUGACCAUAGCUAUUAACAUAUAAAAGGCCCAAGGGAACCAAACAUCUUCGGUAACUUUGAUUUUUGUUGAUGACUCUAUAUUGUUAUAAGCAAUAUCAGGCGAUGUCAAUGAAAGCACAUUUUAAGAUGAUUAUAUUGCUAUUUGAU